ACAUUACAAGAUUUAUUUUUCUUUACAGAUGGAAUAAACCGACUGGCAAAGCAGCUAAACAUAACGCAGCACCCUGACCACCUCAUAACUCUGAAGGCUCUAAGUAAACUUGUUAGCACAAGACUGUCAGCAGAAGCCAUACAGAACCCUGGUGAAGUAAUCCAUCAAGGCAAAUCUUACCCCAUCUUUGAAGCCGACUUGGGCUUUGAAACUGGAGAUUACGUCCUUAAUAAUGCUGGAAAAGCAUUAAGGUUAAUUUACAUUCACGAUCUUCGAGAACUUCAAACAAAAAUAAAUGAAUGCAUAGUUUCCGUACAGACCAUAACUGCAAAUCCGAAGACUGAUACAAAGCUGGGUAAAGUGGGGCGUUAAUGCUCACACUCCUAAACAUUUGGCCAGACUAUAACUGAAUAACGUUACACUAAUUGAUAUUCACUUCCCAUGUCAGAAGAGAGUUUUUACUAAGAUAUAUUCAUAGAUAUAAUGUAGAGAAAUGGGGCACAUCCCUAUACAGUUUGACAAGUUGACCCGAUACUACGUUGAACAAGACAGAGAAACCCUUGACAUAGCAGUUAUCUUAAAGGUAAAAAAUAUAUUUGAC